GCUGACCGGGGCCCAGGGACAUGUCCCUGGGGCAGGGCUGCCACACCCUGAAAGGUCCCUCUGGGAAGCCAAGAGCCGGGCACUGGCCUGGGCUGGGAGCCAGAACAGGCCCAGCGUGGGGCCUGGGGGCCGGGAGGAGGAGCAGGAGUGGGCCCCUGACAGCGCAUUCUCCACACCUGCCCAUCCUGCCGGGUGCAGCCAGGCCCUGGCAGACAUGCCUAAUAGCUGAAGGCCAGCCGGGCAAUCAGAGUGGCCAGUGGGCACGGCCACGGGCAGAGGAAGUGACGAUGUGGAAGGAGCCUGCAGGAAACCAGCGUUCAGGUCCCCAAAGGGCCACUCCCUGGGCACCAGCUCUCCACCUGCCCAGCUCUCACAAGGCUGGGGCAGGCCGGCAGGGAUACCAAGGUGGGGCAAGCUCAGGCCUGCAGACAGGGCAGGACCCCACUUCCUUAGCACCAGGGGGCGGGGAGGGGAGAGCCUGGGCUCAGGCCAGGCCGUGGGCCGCAUCCUGGAGCCGUCUGUCCGAGGCCCAGGGAACUGGGGGAGGCACCAGUCCCACCAGUUGUCCGGCUGCUGCCGAGGCUGCUGUGCCAGGUACACCAGGAGCAUCGUGGCCACCCUAUGGGCUGCCAUGGAGGAGCGUGGCUGGGGCUGUGGGCAGCAGCAGACAGCCCUCCAACCACUGCUCUGCCCUGAAGGCCGGUGGACAGAGGUGGCCCAGCCUCCCGGAGGCCUCCUGCCUGGAGAGCAGAGAGGAGGCUCACUCGGCUGCGGCCCGGCCUCCCACCGGGAGGAGAGACCAGGGCCGCAAGGGAAGCUCCUCCAGGCUUCCCGGGCCCCGCGGUUCUGCCAGCCGUGACCAUCCACCCAAGGCCUGUUUCCAGCCACGCAGGCCGCCGUGGGGCCACGAGGGCUGUUGGCGCAGAGCCCAAGUCCUAUGGCCUGGCUCACCAAGGCUGGCAAUGCCCAUGUCCUUGCUGCUGGGCAAGGCCCACAGAGCCCUCACCCCAGCAUCAGCUCAGGGCCAGGAGAUGCCAAACUAGGAAGAGGGGCAGACAGGGCUCC